AUGUCAGAGGCAGGCGAGUGCAUAGCAGAGCACACGCGGCUGCUGCGGCUGGUGGGGUUCCUGCGUGCGGGCGGCGGGGGUGGUGCAGGGGGCGUGGGCGGCGCGGCGCACGCGGCGUACCGCGCGGCCGUGCUGGCGCUCACCUCGCUGUACCUGGCGCAGGAGUGCCUGUACGCGUACCGGGCGCGCAGCGACAUGGCCAAGCUGUCCCGCGUCAUGUUCCUUCUGCUGUGCCAUGUCACCUCGAUCGUCAAGCAGAUAGUGUUCCACGUCGAUGCGGCCAGAAUAGAUAAAAUGAUCGAGGAUUUGGAUGGUGCGGUGUACAACGGCGGCGGAGAGCGCGCGCAGCGGAUGCGCGCGUGCACGAGGGUGCGCGCACGGCGCGUGGUGCGGGUGUACGCGGGCUGCGCUGUGCUCACGUGCACGCUGUGGCUGCUGUUCGCGGCGCUGGACCGCGCGCGCGGCCGCCCCGUCGAGUUCCCCUUCUGCACCGGUCUCCACGCCGCGGCCGACCAGCCGCUCCAAUUUACGUUGGUGUUACUAUAUUCCUACUACGUCACGACGCUCGUCGGUAUUGCCAACACAACAAUGGAUGCCUUCAUAGCUACUAUUCUUUAUCAAUGUCAGACGCAAUUUAAAAUUCUAAGAAUGGAGUUGGAAGAGCUACCAGAUAGUGCGUGGAAGUUUAGCCUGAAAACAGGUUUGGAUUAUGACAAGAUUCUGAUGGAAAUGUUUGUCGAACGAUUGCAUCAUUAUAAAAGUAUUACAGAGAUGGCAAGUCUUCUACAAGAUAUUUUCAACACUGCAAUAGUGGUUCAAUUUGGGAUAGGUGGUUGGAUAUUGUGCAUGGCUGCUUAUAAACUUGUCAGCUUGAACGUGCUGAGCAUCGAGUUUGCAUCGAUGACGUUGUUCAUUUUCUGUAUCCUCACGGAAUUGUUCCUGUACUGCUACUAUGGCACUGAGCUCACAGUCGAGAGCGAGCGGCUGGCCAGCUCGGUGUACGCGAUGCGGUGGCUGGGCACGAGCGCGCGGUUCCGGCGCGCGCUCGUGCUGCUGAUGGAGCGCGCGCGCCGCCCGCUGCGCCCCGCCGCCGCGCGCGUCGUGCCGCUCUCGCUCGAUACCUUCCUUAAGAUUCUAAAAUCCUCAUACACAUUUUACGCUGUACUUCGUCAAACAAAAUAA